AUGUGCCGCCUUCUCCCGCCGCUCGCCGUCCACCCGCUGCCAUGCCUCCCAGCACCUCCUCCAACCGCCGCCGGCGGAAGCGCCCUCGCCUUCCCGGAGUUGAUUCCGCUCCUGGAGCGGGCCAUCUCCACGGGGGACGUGCUCCGUCUCGGCCGCGCAGUGCACGCGCACCUCGUCAAGACGGCGCUCACCAGCCACACGCUCCUAUCCAAUCGCCUCGUCGCGCUCUACUCCUUACUCCCGUCGCCGGCCGCUGCGGUCGCGGCCUUCGACGACCUUCCACACAAGAACGCGCACUCCUACAACACGCUUCUCGCGGCGCUCUUACGCAGGCCGGGCACCCUCCCCGACGCCUUCCACCUGUUCGACACAAUGCCGGCCGACUCACGCAACCUCGUCUCCUAUAACACCCUCAUAUCGUCCCUCACGCACCACGGGCGGCAGGGGGAGGCGCUCCGCGUUGUUGCCCGGCUGGCCAGGGACAGGUUCUUGGGGCCAGGGUUGGCCAUGGAUCGGUUCACGGUGGUCAGCGUGGCGACUGCAUGUGCGGGAAUCAGAGCUGUGAGGCCGCUGCGGGAAAUGCACGGCGCGGUGGUGGUAUCAGGGAUGGAGUUGACCGUCAUCAUGGCCAAUGCCAUGGUGAACGCCUACAGCAAGGCUGGGAGGGUGGAGGAUGCGAGGCAUUUGUUCAAUCAGGUCAGCAUCCGAGACAAUGUCACUUGGACGUCGAUGAUUUCUGGGUACUGCCAAGUGAAGAAGCUCGAUGAGGCAGUGCAGGUGUUCGAUAUGAUGCCAGAUAAAGAUAGGGUUGCAUGGACAGCACUGAUAUCUGGGCAUGAGCAGAAUGGAGAGGAGGACACUGCUCUUGAGCUGUUGAACGGAUGCUGGCCGACGGAGUAUCACCAACGCCUUUUGCCUUGGUGUCAGCUUUGGGCGCAUGUGCCAAACUUGGGCUUGUCACAUGGGGAAGGAAUUGCACUGCGUCAUCUUGCGACGGAGCAUUGGCUCUGA